GACAAAGGCUGGAAAGGCAGAGCAAGAGGAGAUAGCAAGGAGGUGUCGACAGCGGCAGAGAAGAGACAAGAUGAGAAGAGCGAAGGCAGAGGAGGUGCUGGGUUAUAUGCUGUGCCUUUAAAACAGUAAGCCCCUCCUCCGCAGAGCUGAGCAGAGGAGCCGAGUGGUGCUGGCAGGAGUCUGAGCUCCACGAUAAACUCUGGCAUCAGCUCCUCUUCAUCUGGCAGUCAGCGAGGGCACAGUGAGGGUGCAGGGGCAAAGAGAGAUGGGGAUGAAGGAAGAUUGACUGAGACAGGAGAGGAAGAGAGAGAUAAAACAGAGACAGUCACACAAGAAAAGGCCAAAACACUGAGAGGGAGAGGAUGUCACAAGAAUAACAUGCUGCCUUUUCCUCAUCGUGCAGACUCCAGAUGUGGGUGAACGUUGACUAGGAUGACGGGUGGCAGUGUUUUUACGCCAGCACGAUCGUCUGAGUGACGGCAGCGGCCGCAUCACAUCCCAAAGUAGGAGUUCUCCUUGCCUCCCCAGCCCUUAGUCGUCUUCUGCCUCCUCUCUCUCCUUUUUCAGAGUGCAAUCAGGGCCAUUCAUCGUUCCUAUCGCUGCUCCCUGCCUCCUCCUCCUCCACAGCUCCAUCCUCCACUUGUACUCCUCCUCUGAUGAGCCACAACCUCAGAGUGAAAUAACCCUGCUGAAAGAAGCUUCUCUCUCUAUCAAGACAGUGUCAUGUGCAGCUGGCCAGCGUACCCCGUGGCAGUGGUAUCGCCCCGGAUUUGGAGAGAAUCUUUGCCCCCCUUUCACUCCGUGGAUCUCAUUUGGGAAGCUUUCAUGGGAUUUAUUCUGUGUUGCUGGAUGGCACAGAGAUCCCUGCCACUCUGAAGAGAUUGUGGAGAAAACUAACUACACGGAUAAGAAGUAAAAUAAUUAUCCAAUCACCGCACAAGCAGACAGACUGGGUUCCCUUAGCAACAACUGAACAAGACAAGAGAUUCCUUUUUUUUCUGCACCCUUGGUUUUUCGGCACACCCCUGUGACUACCGUGGGUCAGUGUUUUAGAAGAGGAUUUGGAGAGCGAUGUUGCAUAAGAUGAUCUGCCACCCGGAUUCCCGGGAUUGGUGCUAAUUUUCUUUCUGCCCCCCCUUCCGUUUAAGUCUCACCGACCCGAUGAUCAUUUGUAAUCCCUCCAUGAAUUAUCAUCACAAGUUACAUUCUGCUGGCUUAGAAAUCCACAUCACCUGGAAUGAGCUCCACAAUUAAGAGAUCGGAUGCUGCAAAAAUAGCCAACCCUCUUCUUUAGCCCAGAUAAUUCAUGGACAAAACUGAAAGUUUAAACCAUUGUCUAUGAAGACAAUGUAUGUGAGGCAAAAGUUCACUUUGAUUUCUAAGUAGAAUUAUAAUAUUGUUUUCCUCGGGGGCAAGAGGAAUAUUCCUCAUUUAAAAAAAAAAAUUAUCUUCUUAUAGACAGCAGUCCUCACACAGGGACUAUAUUUAGAAGACAGAUACUGUCCCCUUUGGCUAGCAAUAGAACAGAAAAAGAUCCCGGUCAAACUGAGCCACUGUGGGGGUUUUUGUAUUUUUCUAUUUAGGUUACAGUCCAUAAAACUUCCUUUUGAGGGGGAUUGAUUUGAACUUAUUCACUGCUUUUACUUUUCUAUAUCAAUCGGCAGUGAUGCUGACAGGUUUUGAGGGUGAAAAGAAUUGUACAGAAAAGUGUUCUCUUGUAUAGAGGUGUUUUUUUGAAAUAGCAUCUCCCUGGGAACAAUUUCAAAUAUACACAUUAACGCAAGAUGAGUUGGAUGAACUUGGUUAUGUAAGAGUUUCAUACAACCUUCAAUACAUGUGUUUCUCUUCUCCCUUUUCAAUGGAUUUACUCCUUUCAACUUUACCCUUGUUGACUUUCUCUUCAUCUGGAGAAGUGUAUGGCAAAACGCAUGGAUGUCAGAGUGUGACCCUGUGCCAAGUGUGCGGGCGAGGCAAGGCGUUCCAGCUGCCCAGGUGCUUUUAAGAUGUUGAGGUCUCCCUGCGUGGCCGGGGCCCCUGUUCGGAUCAGUAGCACUGAGGCUCCUUGUAGCCAAAGACAUGGACCCCGAAUCGGCCCCCCUACGCCCUCAGCCUGUUGGCCAUUGGCUCCACUUUGCUUUGUAAAGGAUGUCCCUCAGCAGAGCUCCGGCCCGGGACACCACUGAGACCCCCAGCCCGAGAGAACGCAUCCGCAGUCACAUGAAGAUGGUGAUUGACCAGCUGGAAGGCAUUCUCAAGGAGCUCAAGGAUGUGGCCAAGGAACUCCGGGAGGUGGUGGGUCAAAUCGAUAAAUUAACAUCCGACUUUGACUUCGACCUGGAGCCAGAUGAUUGGACGGUGGCCACAGCUAGCAGCACAUCCAGCAGUGAGCGAGGUUUGGGAGAAGCCUUCAGGCUGGACUUUCUCAAUGCAGAUGUGCUCUCUGAUAGCUGGGAGUUCUGCAGUUACCUAGAGGCUGCUGGUGCAGCUGCCCGCAGGUCUAGUGAUCAACCAGGGGAUCUACAACAUGAGCUGGGCCAGGGAACUAUCCAGACCCAGACACCAACUCCACCCCCAACCACUGCCUCGGUCUACUCUCAGAUGAAUGGCGGACUUCCUAUUCCUAAUGGACCACGCAUUAUUACUCCAGACUCCUCUAGCGAGGAGGCAAGCAGCUCCACACACAGCCAAAAGACCUCCCGUACGUCUGGCACACGGGAAAGAGUCCGUUUCAGUGACAAAAUUCUCUACCAUGCAUUGUGCUGUGACGACGAUGAAGAGGAGGAGCAGGAGAAGUUACAGGAGGACAAGAGCAGCUGCGCUACACCAGACAGUGAUACAGAGCAAGGCGUUCUGGGUAGCUUAUUCGCUCCUAAGCGUUCUUCUUCUGAGCACUCACUCCUGCAUAACUGUCUGGACCCAUCCUAUGGCUCCUCGCCAGCAAAGGCGAUGACAGGAGCUCACACGCUACCCAGGAAAGGUCUCCUAAACCCCAGCUGCCGCAAAAAACUGUUACGAAAUAGCAGCACACAAACUGUCUCUGAUAAGAGCACUCAAACUGUACUGCCCUAUAUUCCAACUAAACAGAAAGCAGAGGACCACUGAGGAAGCAAACAAAUCUCACGAAAAGGAACUGUGCAUUAUUUAAUAUUAAAUACAUAGCUCAUAGAUUAAUACACAAAUAACGAAUUACUAAAUAAAUAAAUGAUAUAUGAAAAAUCA